AUGCGCGAAGAAUAUUGGCCUGUAAAUGGUCGACGGUUGAUUCGAAACGUAAUAAGAAAUUGUAUGAAAUGUACCCGAGCAAAUCCCGUUCCGGUCCGUCAACAGAUUGGCCAACUUCCUGUUGCUAGGAUUACACCGAGCAGGCCCUUCAUUGUUACAGGGGUUGAUUACGCUGGACCCCUGUAUUUGAAGGCAAUACACAAGAGAGCUUCACCUACUAAAGCAUAUGUAUGCUUGUUCAUUUGUUUCGCAACGAAAGCAGUUCACCUAGAGCUGGUGAGUGAUCUUCCGACGCCGGCCUUUCUCACCGCACUCCGUCGUUUUGUUGCUCGGCGGGGCCGCCCUGCGCAUCUACACUCCGAUAACGGCAAAAACAUUAUCGGAGCCCGAAACGAACUUCAUGAUCUGUAUCGUAUGUUGAGCGAUCAAAACGAGGUUGAUAAAAUCCUAAGAUUCUGCGUGGAUGAACACAUCACUUGGCACUUAAACCCACCAAAAACGCCUCAUUUUGGUGGGCUCUGGGAGGCUGCCGUAAAGACAGCCAAACUUCAACUUUAUCGUCAACUUGGCAAUUCGCGUGUCUCUUUCGAAGAUUUAUCUACCAUUCUUGCAGAGAUAGAAGCAGCGAUGAAUUCAAGGCCACUUGUCCCGAUGACAGAGGACCCCGAAGAUUAUAACGUCAUCACACCGGCUCAUUUUUUGAUCGGGUCGAGCAUGCAUGCCAUUCCAGAUCCCAACGUUUGCGAAAUCCAUCUCACUCGCCUUGAUCAUUAUCAACGACUGCAGCAGUUGUUCCAGAAUUUUUGGCAUUUCUGGAGAACCGAAUACUUACAGGAGCUCCAACGAGACACCUGCAAAUACCAACCAAACACGGAAAUUCGACCAGGGAGACUAGUAGUGAUAAUCGACAAUUUCCAACAUCCAGUUCGUUGGCCCAUAGCCCGCAUUGCAGCUGUGCAUCCAGGCAAGGACAAACUCAUCAGAGUAGUGACCUUACGAACUCCUAAAGGACUCCUGACUCGGCCAGUAACAAAGAUUUGCUUAUUACCAGAUGAAUCGAGCGUCCAGCAGCAACACUGUGAACUUUAA